GGAAGUGAUUGAGACCAUUAACCUCCUCAGUACGCCGGCCGGGUUUAGCGAAGUUAGCCGAAACAACUGUCUGAAAUCGCCCUGUCCUUAAAAUGUCUCACCCAAUACCGACUGACAAGCCUACAAACCCCGAAAACCCUCGUGUCUUCUUCGAUGUGGACAUUGGUGAAGAAAGAGCUGGCAGAAUAGUUUUUGAGCUGUUUGUUGAUAUCACCCCCAAAACUGCUGAAAACUUCCGUGCACUGUGCACUGGAGAGAAAGGCAUUGGCAAAUCGACUGAGAAACCACUGCACUUCAAAGGAUGCCCAUUCCACAGAAUCAUCAAGAAGUUCAUGAUCCAAGGAGGUGACUUCUCCAACCAUAAUGGCACCGGGGGGGAGAGCAUCUAUGGGGAGAAGUUUGAGGAUGAAAACUUCCACUACAUGCAUGACAAAGUGGGUCUGCUAAGCAUGGCCAACGCCGGGCCGAACACCAACGGCUCUCAGUUCUUCAUUACUACUGUCCCAACGCCACACUUGGAUAAUAAGCAUGUCGUCUUCGGACAAGUGAUAAAAGGGAUGGGAGUCAUCAAACUGCUGGAGUCCAUCGACACUAACGAGGACGCUCCUGUAAAGCCAUGCGUCAUAGCCGACUGUGGUGAGCAUAAGGACGGGGACAGCUGGGGCCCUGCAUCAGGUGACUCAUCAGGAGACACCCACCCAGACUUCCCCGAGGACUCAGAUGUCGACUUUAAAGAUGUUGACCAAGUUCUGUCUCUCGCUGAGGACGUGAAGAAUAUUGGAAACAGUCUUUUUAAGAAUCAGGACUGGAAAGCUGCGAUCAACAAAUACAGCAAAUCCCUCAGGUACUUGGAGGUGAGUGGAGAGCUGCUGGAGGAAGCGGCGCAGAAGAAGCUGGAGCCGACCGCCCUCAGCUGCUUCCUCAACACGGCUGCAUGUUAUCUGAAGCUGCAGCUGUGGCAGGAUGCUGUGGACAGCUGCAACGAGGCUAUAGAGCUGGACAAAGCCAAUACUAAGGCACUUUUCCGGAGGGCCCAGGCCUGGCAGGGGCUGAAGGAAAACCCCAAAGCCAUGAUUGAUCUGAAGAAAGCUCACGGAAUAGCUCCAGAAGACAAAGCUGUCGGCAACGAGCUGAAGAGGGUUCAGCUGAAGAUCCAGGAGGAGAAGGAGAAAGAGAAGAAAAUCUAUGCCAAAAUGUUUGCGUGAACGUCUCACCUAAUGAUGCAAUGAAUUCUUGUCAGUAACGUUUAUCAAUAUUUGAAUUCAUCUCUGUGGGAAGCUGCACUCAGAGUCUGUAACCAGGUCUUUUCAUGUUUUCAAGCUGGCACAUGUCUCACUGUCUGUGUUGUUUUAAGGGAAUAACUGUUGUAAGCUUUGACCUGUCUUAUUACUGACACGUGUCUUCACUGUAAUGAAUAGUUUGAGUGUUAGUCUGAUGCAUGACUGACUCCACCGCUCUGAAAAACUGGGUUAACGCUUAACACUGGCCCGUGUUCUGAGGUUCUGAAGUAGUUCAGCAAAGCAAAAGUUGUAUUGUUUCAUGGUAGGGAUUUUGAUACCCAUCUGUCUUUAUUUAUGUUUUUUACAGAGAUCAAUAAAACAAGGAGAACAGUAGAGUUCUUUAUUCAUUACUGUGAUAUCUAAUGAUUUUAUGUACAAUACUGUGCAGAUCAAAUGCUGUCCAAAUAUUCCUGGAAUAAAUGCUGAAACAACCUUAA